AUGAAAGAAAAGCUACUAGAGACGGACGCUCUAGCGGAAUAUAAAAAAGCCCACAAAAAAAACUACGAGCAAAGACUCAUAAAAGAAAAGGAGCUUCUCGAAAAGGAACAAGCAGAAGAAGUAGCUAGUGAAAAGAGCAAAAAGGAACAAGCUUAUAAGCAGCUGCAAAUUGAAAAGGACAGGGAAUACUCAAUACAAUAUUACCACGAAAUAAAUAAUCUACAUCGAGCAAACACGGUUAGCACCGAUGAUAGUUUACCUAUGCUGAGCAACUACACAGAGAGGUUAAUAGGUUCUUCUCAUUACACAUACAUGUCAGAUGGAGCAACACGUAGCAUCUUGGAUGAUGUCUCAAGGGUGUCCCUCUCUCGAAGGAUACGGGAUUUCUUCUCGAGCAGUGACACGAGGGAGUACUUCGGAUGCAGUAGAGUUCAAAUCGUUUGCAACGUCAUUCUCUUCAUUAUGUGGAAAAAAUGCAACUUGAAAAAUGUUCUGCUCCGCGCUCUUCCAACCCUACAAAUUCCGACCCUUAAAACACUGUCCACCCUAUUUAAUAAGACACAAAAAAAAAUGCAUAUCCUCAACUUCGCAACGUUGUUUACCUUCCUAAUUGCGGCUUACACCUUCUGCGCAACGGAAAAUGAUCCGUCCUUUUGCAAAAAAACACACAGGGGAAUCCUCAAAUAUCAUAAGAAGAAGGACGAACAGGAGUACUUCACCGUUUCUGCACUUUUGAAAAAUGACAAGCUCGACUUUUACAGAGGCUCCACCCUUUACGACACCAUAGACCUAACCGAAGUUGUAACUCCGCUGUCCAUUUUUUCAACGAGCCCUGAGUGCAUGACUGUUAAUAUGGUUAACAAGGAUGCCGUAGUCUUAUGCUGCAACACAGAGGAGUGCAUAAAUAACUGGUGGCUAUUCCUGACGAAGCAAAUACUCUGCCUCAAUACGGGCGAGAUGCGGAACGAGAACGACGAAAAGACAUUGGAGGACGUUCAAUACAACAUCCUAAACAAUGACAACUUCGAUGGCGUUUCCAUUAACAUAGAACAGGACCUCGAGAAUAUCCCCAACGUUGUCAUCAAAGCGGAGUCGUGAAAAGGCCCCUUGGAAAGCAUCUUAACUUCAAAGAUAAUAAAUUGAGCAAAUUUGUCCAAAAAAAAUAUGAUCGCAAGUGUUUUUUUUUUUUUUUGUCAUGCAUGACCAAUUGUUUUUCCUGUUCUUACCAGCACGAUGGUGCCCAAGCGA